AUGACUUCGCUUAAUUCGAGUGUCAUCUUUUGGAAUGAAGAGGAAAUUGCACCUCACAGCAUUCUCUUCAUUUCGUCGGGUGCAGUUGGUGACCGACUGCUUUUUUGGCAGUCAACUGCUUCUGUUGGUGACACUCAGAGAACGUGUGGUUCCCACCUCCCCACCACUUGCUCCGUUGUUGUCGGCUCUCCUAUACAGGUUGGGGGUCCGUUUGGGGUGGCUCCCACUCCGGACGGGCAACCGUCCUGCAAGGGUCGUACUUCCGCUACCUGCAGUAGCAACACCCCAAGCGCCCAACGUCACUCCGCCGCUCCAUGUGGCGGAACCGCUCCCACAACGCCUGGAGGCAACAGCAACUCAGGAGGAAAGACAGCAGUGGCCUCAACGGAAAUGAUAAUCGAGGGGGUACCUGUCAGUUCCCUGCUUAGCCUACUACAUCCUUCUACCAAUAAGCUGCAGCACAAAAUCUAUGUUAAGCUGAGCACGAAGGUUUUUGUUGGCGUGGCUUUCAGUUUGACGAAAGCUGUAAUGGAGACUAACGGGAUAUCAGUGGUUAACCAGUCCUCACCCGUGAUCAGUCGAGAAGGUUCGCUGCGUAAUAAAUGCAACUACACCUCGACAACUCCUGAUUCUUUCAUGGAUUUCACAAGUAUUGUUGAUUUUCUUCGUCUUAAAUCGCCCCUCCCUCCACCCAAAUGUGACCGAAAUCAAGUCCACGUCACUCACAAUAGGGGGCCUUUUGUUGGCAGUGGUAAGCAAAGCGGGAAGAUGGUCAACCAAACCGUCUCAAGCUUCGCUAUCGUCUUUGCUCUCAAUGAAACAGCCCCGCCCUGCGUUCAAUCGUAUUACACUGAACUCGCGCGUCUGUCUCGCAACCACUUAGUAAAGAGAACAAAGUUUAAGCUCUUUCGUUUAAAGACAGGGUCUCAAAUGCGUCGUUCUGAACUGUACUGGCAAUACCUGAGCCGCGAACGUGAGAAGAUUUCUGCCAUCCUCGAUCGAUGCGCAGGCAUCAUCAGCAGUGGAGACAGUCGAGUGGACGCCAGGGAACAUGAUGACGAGGAUGACAGCAUCCCCGUCAGCAGCCUUGAUGGUGGAAACAACAAGGGCGACGAAUCCACAGCACCUCUCCUCGUGACAAAGCGAGCUUCACUGGAAGCUCCUGACGACGAUCCUGUCAACUGCGAGAAAAGGCAGUCUGUCGGAGGUUGUGAGGAUCCCUACCAGAUCUACAAACAUAUCGCAAAGCGUUCUCCACUUUGCAAUGAACUCGCUCAAAUUCUUGAACAAGUAGCUUCAAGCGGCCGAGUCAAUGUUAAGGUCCGUUGGUAUUCCGUGUUCUUCUGUCUCCCAUUCAAGGCUUACGCGAUAAUGCCUUUUGGGCUGAAAAUGAUAACCACUCCAAAACCCUGUCGCCCCGCGAUUAGACCAGGAGCUGUUUGGCGCGCUAUGGAGCGACUUCGACCGUACCACACACUGCUGUUAACUACACGAAAGCGCUUUCUCCGCUCAUACACUGAAUCCUUCCCCAUAGACGUAAACCAAUCCCUUGAAAGUUUUGUCCAAGAUCUCUCACCAGUCUCUAGUCUGAGUGCAAUGUCAAGUCGAGGACAUUCCCAAGAGGAAUGUCUUCGUGUGGCACUUUGGCUGGUCUACUAUGGACAUGCAAUUAUAAUCUCGCCCAUUGUUACGAACAGCGCUUAUACCCUGGCACCCCUCUCCCACUUCUGGCUUCAACCAAAGGUCGUCCUACAAUUCGCAGCACAAUUUUCCAAACUUAAUUUUGCUGAGGUUCUUUCGUCCUUUUCCGACUACUACACUCUUCAAGAACACUUUGACGGGGAGUCCUCAGCGCAUUUUUGGAGGGGAUUAACAGUUUCGGAGCGAGUCGAUCUAGUCGCAUGGCUUCUCCGUCGCAGACUUAUUGUACAACACCAUACCUACUUGGUGUCGAUUCUCCCGGGGGCGCCCAAAGAUCAUCCUCAACCGGGUGAUAUCGGAGGCAAGGAUGUCUGCGAGGCCGGUUCAUCUAGUGUAUCGAACAGUUCCACAGAAGCCAUGUUCGUUCGGAUUCAUCAAGGCUGUGGUGGAGCAUUGUUACGGUCAGCAUUGCCAACCGAGACCGACCGACAGCACGUCCUGGACCACUACCGCUCGACUGUCCAGCACUACCCCAAAAUGCUUCACCUCUUUUUGCGUAUCCUUACACAGCUACCGGCUCAUAUGGAAGAGCUAAUGUUUGUUGAGUCGGUGGACAGACAAACUUUAACUAACUGCGUGCAGCUCUUUUCUCCAUUUCUGACCACCUUGCGACUGCCCGAUCCAGUGACAGCUUGUUUUGCCGGUGUAGAAUGGUCUUAUUGA